AUGGCAUCGACUCAGAAUCCCCAGUCCAACGACCGCUCCUUCCUUCUGCUCAAGCCAAGCACCAGCAGCAACAUAGGUGGUCCUGGUGGCGAACCCCGUUCCUCUUGGACAACUACCGACUCAGAUAACUCGGAAUCGAUUCUUCCUAUGUCUACAGCUUCUCCGGACGCCAACUCGCGCCUCAAAGAGCAAUCCUCUUCCAUCCAGCCAUCCUCCUUUGGCAAGACCACCGGGAGUCGAAGCGAUGCUCUGAACCCGACCAACGGCUCCCCGGCAUUCUCAUAUCCCCCUCUCAGCAAUUCGUCCUCGUUUGCACCUUCUCCCAAUGCCCACCACACCCGCUCGUUAACAGCUUCAACUGCAAACAGCUCUCAAGCAGCAGUCAAUUCCAAUCCGAAUCAUUCUCCGAGGGCUCAUCCCUAUCAGCUCGCCGCAUACGACAGUUUCAACUACCGUUCAGCGCAAGUUUCCAAAAACGAUGUUCCGCCUCAGGCAAAUCCAAGCGCAAGUCCCCCACCAGCCGCGAGGGAUACCAUCGUCUCCGCCAACGGCUCAAGAGACCACACCAACGGGGCUGUUUAUGAGAAGCAAUCGCUCUCCCCAAGAACACCCAACACAGCAUUACCCACCAACACGCUUCUAUCAGACGUCGAGGGGGAUAGGCAGGCUGAACUCGACAGACGAAGAAGACAGCAGCAGCGAGCGCAGCGCCGGCAGUCGCUGGCCACCGUCGCUAGCUUCGGUGUUCUGAAUGGCUACAAUAUGCCGUCAAAUCCUGGCGCUAUCGCGUCCACCAUGCAUCUUCACGUACCCUCCGACCCUAAGUCCGCAGCGCUGACGGCAAUCAUCAUUGGGUCCAUGCUUGCGGUUCCCUUGGUCCUCUCCGUCAUCUACAUUUCCGUGGGCCAUGCGGUCCUUCGAGCUGCAAAGCCAGCGACUUCAAUCUACUCCCGAACAACGCUCACGUCCUCGGUUCAAGCUGGCGCAGUGGGUGGUGCUAUCCUCGCAAUACCAAUUCUCCUGGUCGUGUAUCUUAUGGGUCUCUUCCCCCCUGGAGACUCGCCAGAGAGUCGAGGUGAUACACGCAGCCGUGGACAAGACUUCUUCGACGAUGAUUCGGACGCAGGAUUGUCAAAGAACCUGUGCAGCCCACGUCGGUUAUCGGAGUACGCGGCUUGGUUAGGCUGCGUGCUAUUGGUGUUCGGAGUAGGGGCCGUAUCAGGUGCAUUGGGUGUUACAGUCCUCUCUUCAUCAAACCUCGAUACCUUUAACUUCUCCGGAAGGAAGGAGUUCCUUUCUCCAGGAACUGCCGCUAUGUCUGGGUUGGUGGGGGGCGCGAUCGUACUGGGAAGUAUAGUAGCCACCAUCCUCCUCUGGGUGGCCACCGUGAUACUCUUCUCAAACGUCGACAACUUCCAACCUCCAGAUUCCGAACCGAGACUCUGA